AUGCCGAUUCUGACGAGACAAACAACCUCUCAACCUCAACCCAUAUUUUUCUCUCUUCCCACUUAUGCCCUCGGCACGUCCUACAACCCCGCUAUGGGCGCAAAGUACUCAACCACGACGGUAGGGCAACAAACGAGCUCCCUAAACACGACCAGUACCCAACUUACGAACAAUCUCGAAAUAGCUGCGCCACUAAAGACACCGCUAGCCCAACACCAAAAGACCAGCUCAGACAUUAAGACACCAGCACCAUUACCGAUACAACACUCAGACACCAAAACACUACUGAUGGCGCUGAAAGCGAAGAGUACUGCACGCGCAGAUCCUCUAUCUAUGACCGCGGAUCAAAGACGAUUUGAGAUACCUUCACGAUCGACCAAGCCAUAUAUUCACCAUCCGAAUCAUGAAAAGCUCCCUCAAACUCCAAAAACGAAGCAUUCCAUAAGAGCGACGACGUCACCCAACUCUGCGGUUCUUCGAAAUUCCAACCGAAGGUUACUGACGCCUCCGCCCACCCCGCAGAAGAAUAGGAAGAUGAUUACGACGUCGAAGAGGAUAGAGCAGCAACGCAGUGCAGAUACACAGAAGAUACGCAAUGAUAAGUCGGUAUCGAAACAAAAUAACAAGACUGUUCCACCUAGGACACGACGACGAUUGACACAACGACGCUCAGCACUGAGUGCCUCCACUCCUAAGAGAGUGGCGACUGAAGUCAUCGAUCUGACUGUAGAAGAUCGUACAAUGAGGGAAAGAAUUGGCUUCACGACGGCCGGGAACAAGGUGAUCGAUCUUACAAAAGACGAUGCCCUGUCAUACGACGACGAAGAAGAAGGAAUGUCCGUAAGAACGACACGAACAGCGGAAAAUGGAAGUAGAGCGAGACGCGCAGCUACCAGACGACCUCAGACAGUAUUGCCUUCGCCCAUUCAUUUCGACGACUUACCAGAGUAUUCGGCUUUCUUCUCUGAUGAUGCGGGUAGUGUGGGUGGGACAGGCGCGGCGGACUGCACAACCAAUACCAGCGACAACUUUGAGGCGGAUAAAAGGACACCUGAUGGGGAGAUAGGCAUUGCCUGCUCGUCCACCACAACACACGACUCACGUCUAUCAACACACGACAUCCCGCACUACGAAUUGCCUUCCCCAUUUCGAAACUCUGAUCCAGACCACGGGGCAGCACCCUUCGACCUUCUACAUCCUACGCCCAAUCAUUCUUUUACCAACUCAACGCCAUCAACAAACGAGACUUUCCGCUCCCCAACACCCACCAUCAACCUAAAUCGUUCCCACUCCCCCCUCUGUACACCCACCCGCCCCUCCAUCGAAGCCCACCUCGCCAUCCACCCCUCCUCCCCACCCAUCCUCCACGCCACAGCCACCUACCUCCACCACUUUUCAGCACGGCAGUCGCGUCUCCAGUCCCGCAUCGCCACACUCCGCUCUAUGGCGCCGACUCUCGACACCCCCAUGGAGCGGAAGUUCAAGACUGUGAUCAAUCUUGCGGUAACUUUGGCAAAUGACUACAUGAUUGCUGAGAUGGCAUUUAGGGAUGUGUUGGAGAUGGGAGGGGAAGGAGACUUGGGGGAGUGUUUAGCGGGUUUGAGGCAGAAGGUUGGGUCUUUGGAUGGAGAGUGUGAAGGGAGAAUGAGGAAGGUGAUGAUGGAGUAG